UUUUUUUUAAUUAACACUAAGGUCCACAAUGAUUAUACAUGUACGUGUAGCAGAAAGGCAUUGCAUCAGUUCACACACGUCACCAGUCUCUUAAUUCUUGAGACAUACCACAUUUUCUAACACGGAUUUUGCAAGAGACUAACUGAAGCUUUCCACCAUGAUUGCAGGAAUAUUCAAGAGCAGCCUUUCUGCCCCUACUCUGGGCUCAUUUGUAGUGCUCCGAUUGAGACUCUCCACCAGUUUUACCCCGUUUACUGUCACUCCUAUCAGACAAGUUUGCCAGUCUUCCUUCGUUCAAGGAGGUUGGACACAGCCUAACAACUCAUCCUCUGCUUCGGAUAACACUCGUCAAGCCACCAAAGAUUUCAAAGACAUGCCAGGCCCAUGGAAGAUACCACUGCUGGGAAUAACCCCAGAAUUUAUCAAAAUGGAUCCUAAGAGGUUGAUUCAAGAGUUUGCUAAAUUGCCACAAAAGUAUGGAAAGAUUUUCAAAAUAAAGUUUGUGCCUGGGAUGCCUGAAUUUGUGUGUUUGUUUGAUCCAGAGGAUGCCAAAGCUGUGUUUCGAAGUGAAGGGAAGUAUCCUCAACGUUUCCCAAUUGAUAUUUGGAAUGAGUCAAGGACAGCUCAGGGGAAACCAGUGGGCCUUUUCUUGUUGAAUGGAGAGGAGUGGCAUAAGCAUCGUAGACCCAUCUCCAAGUUUAUGUCCGUCCCUCGUAAGGUGGCUGAGUAUCACCAGCCUUUUAAUGAAGUGACUACAGACCUCAUCGAGGGCAUAAGGAGGAGCAGGGACAACCGUGACAUGCUCAGUGACACCACAGCUCUUCUGCAGAAGUGGGCAUUCGAAACUGUCAGUGUAUUUUUACUGGGUAAGAGGCUGGGUUGCCUGGAAGAGCAUGUGCCACCCGACUGUCAAGAGUUCAUCCACCAAACUGAUAGAUUCUUUACUGCCUCACAAAUUCUUUUAUUUGGUCUUCCGUUCCACAAGUUGUAUGCCACAAAACCCUACAAGGAGCUGUUGGACUCCUUCACAAGGCUGUUUGAGAUCUCGAUGGCUCAUAUUAAAGAAAGGCUUGAUGAGCUGAAGGAAGAGGACACCAUUGAUGAGGAUGAGCCUCCAAUGGGAGUAGACUUCCUCCAGUACAUGAGCAAGGCAAACAAGAUGCCUAUUGAAAUGAUCACUACCAAUGCUAUAGAUUUAAUGGCAGCAGGUGUGGACACGACGUCCCACACACUGCUGUGGACGUUAUACUCGCUAGCGAUGAAUCCAGAUGCCCAGACCAAGCUGAGGGAGGAGGUGGCGCAAGUGGUGGGCUCGGACAUUGUGGUCACUCCGACACACAUUCAGUGUAUGUCAUACAUGAGGGACUGUAUCAAGGAAGCUAUGAGACUGUACGCAAUUGUUCCGAACAUCUCUCGUAUUCUGGAUAACGACAUUGUAGUAUCUGGUUACAGAAUUCCAGCCGGGGUCUGCAUCCUGAUGCCCACAGUGGCAGCAGGAGCCCAGGCCGAAAAUUUUCCUGAACCUCACAAGUUUAUGCCAGAGCGAUGGAGCAGAGACAACAAAGAACCCCCCAAUGCGUUCGCAUCUCUGCCUUUUGGGUUUGGUGCAAGAAUGUGUGUAGGUCGACGUGUUGCUGAGUUGGAGCUCCACAUUGCUCUUUCUCAGCUGAUCAGAACAUUUAAGGUCGAGUUCAGAGAUGAUAAACCAAUGGACUAUGUUCAAAACCUCUUCUUGAACCCAGAGAGAAGGUUUGAUCUAGCGUUUGUUGAUUUGUAAGAACAUGAACUUCUUGUUAUCUGUGUUGAAACAUUCACAUUUGUUAUAUUUUUAUGGUACUGUACAACCCAGUAUGCGUUUUUAACCACUGUUAUAAUUAUUGUUUGUUUGUGGUGUAUAAGUACACGUGUGCAUGUGUAUACACUUUUUUGCCGAAUUACUGACCAUAAAUUUGCUCAAGUCUCA